GGGGAUCUGAGGGCAGCCCAGAAUCAGCAGGGCCUAGGCCUGCCUUUGCCCCGCUUGCAGCGGCGGCUUAGCCUCCGCGAUGGACACGGAGGCGGACAUCGCAGAGGACGUGCCCAGCAGUAGCCGCCAGCUCAGCAGCUGGCUGCGGCGGACGCGGCAGAACAAGAUCCGCAAGGUGCUGCGGGAGGUCUACUUGCGGGACGACAUUGUGCCGGAGCCUUUUGAGGGCGCGGAUCAGGUGCUAGUCCUGGAUACCAACAUCGUCCUCCAUCAGAUCGACCUGAUCGCGGAAGACGAGUGCAUUAACCAUGUGGUGGUGCCCUACACGGUGCUGCAAGAGGUAAGGCACCGGAACAUGGGGAUCUACUCCCGGCUGCGGGCGCUGUGCCGUGUGGAGACGGGGGACCUCAAGGAGGACGUCCGGGCAGAGGCGGAGCUGAACGAGGAGCCGGCGCCCAAGACGAACGCCAAGCGCGGGGUGGGUGACCGGGAGAAGGCCAAGGAGAUGGCAUCCGCCCGCAAUGCCCGGAAGUUCUACGUCUUCCCCAACGAGUUCUUCCGUGAGACCUACGUGGAGCGCCAGCCCGCGGAGAGUCAGAACGACCGCAACGACCGGGCCAUCCGCCGGGUGGCGCAUUGGUACCGGCGCCACAUCGUGGGCCCAGAGGUGCUGCUGCUGACGGACGACCGCGCCUGCCAGCAGAAGGCGCGCCAGGAUGGCCUGGCGGCGCUUCGGGCGGCGGAGUUUGUGGAGCGUAUGCGCCCCAAGUUCCCAGAGGCGGGCGAGAAGCUGGCGCUGAGGGACGAGGAGGAGGACGCAUCUGCCACGCCUGUCCCGACGCCCCGGGGGCAGAAGAGGAAAGACUUCACGACGGUGCCGGGCUCCGUGUACCCAGCGCACUUGAAGGGCAGCGAGGUGGAGAAGGGCCUCAAGGAGCGGAAGCUCUUCCAAGGGGUGCUCCGGAUGCACAUGAACACCUGCCUGCACGGCAGCGUCACGUGCGGCGGCACGGAGGAGAUGGAGG